UCCAGCCUCACGCACCCCAUCGCAACAAAAAAAAAAAAAAAGAAAGAAAAGAAGAGAGAAGUCGGCGUUUUUUAAUUUUUUUUUUAUUUACCAAGACCACCAGGACUGAGGACAUAUCGGGGGCCCUUUACUGAGGGAUUCCUGUGAGAGAAAAAAGGGGGACCCGGUUCGCUCGCUGGCAUGCUGUGAGAAUUACCUCCAGCUCUGAGAAGCGCUCCUUCGGUCAUGCCGCGCACCUGCAAGAAAACAUCCAGCUGACGGACCGGACUGUUAAAGAAAAAAAAAAGAAAAAGGGGGUAACUUCAAGGGGGAAGAAGUUGGCAUUGGAUCGGGGCUGGAGGGGUCCAAAAUAUAAGUCCCUCCAUCGAUUAGAAUCACCUUUUUCUUCUCCACAAUUACCCCCACGAUAGGAAGGCGAAACGGCGACUUCAGUUGAUUAUCUGUCUUUCCUUUGCUAUCCAAUGGAUAUUCACUGCAAAGCAGACCCCUUCACGGCGAUGCACCUUGUAUCCCACGUAGGGCACGGAGGUGUGAACCAGCUUGGUGGGGUGUUCGUGAACGGCAGACCCCUCCCGGACGUGGUGAGGCAGCGGAUAGUGGAGCUUGCGCAUCAGGGCGUCCGGCCCUGCGACAUCUCCAGGCAGCUUCGGGUGAGCCACGGCUGUGUCAGCAAGAUCCUCGGGAGAUACUACGAGACUGGAAGCAUAAAACCAGGGGUGAUUGGUGGGUCUAAACCCAAAGUGGCCACUCCGAAAGUGGUGGAAAAAAUUGCAGAUUACAAGAGACAAAAUCCCACCAUGUUUGCCUGGGAAAUCAGAGACAGAUUGCUGGCAGAGGGCAUCUGCGACAACGACACUGUUCCCAGCGUUUCAUCCAUUAACAGGAUCAUCAGAACCAAGGUUCAGCAGCCUUUCCAUCCCUCUCCUGAUGGCUCAUCACUUUCAGCACCAGGCCAUACAAUAGUACCAAACACAUCCUCCCCACCUGUAAGUAGCGCCUCCAAUGACCCUGCGGGAUCCUAUUCCAUUAAUGGGAUUUUGGGUAUUCCUCGAUCCAAUGGAGAGAAGAGGAAAAGAGAUGACGAUGGUUCAGAUGGUUCUGGCCCAAACAGUGAUUCUCAGGGUAGCGUGGAGAGUUUACGGAAGCACCUAAGGGCAGACGCCUUCACACAGCAGCAGCUGGAAGCCCUGGACCGGGUCUUUGAGCGCCCCUCGUACACGGAUGUCUUCCCCCCAUCGGAUCAUGUCAAACCGGAACAGGCUAAUGAGUACUCGCUUCCUGUCCUGAAUUCCAGCCUGGACGAAGUCAAGCCCAGUUUAUCCUCUAGCGCCAACCCAGACCUGGGCCCCAGUGUGUCGCAAAGCUACCCUGUAGGCCGGGAUAUGGCCAACACAACUUUACCCGGGUAUCCCCCUCACGUUCCCCCCACAGGCCAGGGCAGCUACCCAACCUCCACGCUCGCUGGAAUGGUUCCUGGGAGUGAGUUUUCGGGGAACCCCUACAGUCAUCCACAGUACACAACCUACAAUGAAGCCUGGCGAUUCAGCAAUCCAGCGUUACUAAGUUCCCCUUAUUAUUAUAGUGCCGCAUCGAGAGGCUCCGCCCCUCCCACUGCUGCCACUGCCUAUGACCGUCACUAGUUACCAUGGAAACCAAAUCAACCUGCAGGACCACGGCCUCAGUCUCCAUAUUGCCCAGGUGUGAACAGCACGACCCACUGGACACUGGGCAAAAAAGUGCAUAAAAUGUUCCCGACUCUCAAAAAAAAAAAAAAAAAAAAAAAAAGAAAGAAAAUAUAUGGAUUCAAGAUGACCGCCGUCUUCUCUCUGGAUUUUUUAUGGACACAAAAAGCCAAAAGAAAUAAAAACACCAUGACGAACACUGGAAGUUUGAAUCCUUGGCUAAUAGCAGUGGCUUAAAAACAAGCACUCUAGAAAGAAAAAAAAAAACAUCUUGAAUUUAUUUCCCCUCCUGUGAUGCCACCAUUUCAUCCAACAGCGGAUCAAUACUGUACAUUCCUUUUCUCAAUGGGGUUCCAGUAGGGACACUGUCCACAACUUAAAAUGUAUCGACUAUAUUUUCUUUUUUUCCUUUUGCCCUUUGUCUCCCACUCAAAUCAUAUUCCAAUGCACAGAGAUCAGGGGAGAUGAGCAGCAACUUGCGCAGGCUGUAGCGGCUUUUCCUUCAGUCCAUCUGAGCAGGCACUGACCAAACAUCCAGCUUGAGUGGGAAAAAAAAAAAAUCAAUUGCUUUUGAUGCCAUGAGAAGAUUAGGACAAGUUAUCUGUGAGACACAAUCAAAAUGUAAACACGAAAAAUGGAAUAAAUGCCUGUUUGAAAAGUAGAGGGAGUCAUGAUAUUAAAGCACCAUGAUCCUCUGUUUGCAAGAUUUCCAGGAAAGAUAUUCUUGAAAUAAUUUUCCUAAUUCCUUUUUUUAUAAUUUGUAUGGAUUAAAUCACAGCUUGGCUAAUGUUUGACUUGUUCUCUAUUUGUCAGGAAGGUAAUCAGGCAAAACCUUUUGAGCGUUUUAUUUUUAUGUUCAUUUUGCACUAUUUUGGAGGUUUGCAACACUGGACUGUGGUUAUGCAGAAUAAUAAAUGUGCAUAUUUGUUUUAUGUAAAAAAAAAAAAAAAAGAUGACUGUAAGUCUAAUGCGUCUCAGUCUGUAAAGGCACUUACAGUUUUAAAAAGCUCAUCAUCUCACUGACUUGAUGUGCACUAUACUACUUUAUGUUCUCACUGUUUAAGUUCAUUAAGUCUUUGGCAUUCAACCCCAGAAGUAAGGAUAUAACAGCCAUUCCAAGUCUAAUUUGUUUGGAUUCACUCUGAUUGGAUGAUUCUGAAAUCAAAAAGCAGGGUGACAAAUUCAGCUAUAAAUGCCUUAAACAUGUCCCCUCCUAACUUUAUGUCCUGCAUGUUUCAGGCAAAGUCCUUCUUUUUUUCCAGUGAAGCUGGAGUCAUUUUUUUUCUCCAUCUUUCAAGUGAAUGUAUUUGCGUUUGCCAAAGACUUAGUUCUUUAAUGUUAAUUUACAGGCUACCGAUAUGCAUUAUGAGAGCAGUAUUAUUAUUGUUUUUAUUAUUAUUAUUAUUAUUUUUAGAAAAUCCCACAAUGGUCAUAAGGAAAAUUAUAUGUAUAAAUUCUAUGCAGUGCAAAGAUGGUCAUCAUAUGCAUACUCAGCUGUAAACCUAAAGGUAGGUGAAGUUUAUUUAAUGUUAUGUUAUUUACAAUUUGUUCAAAGUGUAGAGACAUUUUUUGUGUAUGAGUGUGUGUGGGUGUGUGUAUGACUGAUAUGAAGACAUUUCUCUGUAUAUACAGUAAGGAAAAACUGUCUUUCAUGUUCAUGGGUAUUAUCACUUUCAUUAUGCCGGUAUCACUUGUACAAUAAUAAAAGUGUCUGAAAUCUUUUAUGCAAAAUGA